AAGAAAAUGUUAGAGCACACCGGAUGUGCACUGGGAAAAAAGCCUGAGGCGUUUGGUUUUCAUUACUGUGUUAGCCGUGAUUUCAAGUCCCGCUUUUUUCAACGUAAAUUUAGAUAAUCCGCCCGUGCGAGCUGUGACUGUGUAAAGCGCAUGACUAAACAUUUCCCGCGCUGUGUUGUAUCGACGCAGGUUCAGUAACGUGAGAAAAGCAAACUGAAAAGAUGGCAAGUCUACUAGACGCUGCUAAGCCGAGAAUCAGCUGUUCCAUGCUAUCGCAGUAUAUCAGCAGAGCAGUCUGCUUCGUCGGGCGUGUUGAAAAGGUUCACCCAACCGGGAAAACGUUCACUGUGUCCGAUGGUGAAGGAAAGACUGCAACAGUAGAGAUGAACGAACCCCUUGAAGAAGAACUGAGUGGCAUUGUGGAGGUUAUUGGUAUGGUGUCCAACAAAGGAGUAAUCAUGUCCACCACAUACCACAUCCUACAGGAGGACAAAGGCAUUCCCUUUGAUUUAGAGCUGUAUAAUGAAGCCCUGAAGGUCAUCCAUGACUUCUCUCAGUACUACCCAUUUGAAGUGGCUGCCAGUGGAUGAAGAUUGGCUCCCUUGAUUUUGUGCCUCAUUUUAUUUGUGGGGGAAAAUAGUGUUGUACAAAACUUUUACAAUAAAUUCAAAACCUUUCAUCAUCAAA